AUGUCCGACCCCAGCUACUGGACGGCGGUAGCGGCGCCUGGCCACCGGAGCCGCCUGGCCAAGGGUGCGCUGCUGCAGCGCUCCAAGAGCUGCCGGAGCGGAAACCGCAAAAGCCUAGUAGUGGGAACACCCUCACCGACCCUCUCCCGGCCUCUGUCGCCGCUGUCUGUCCCAACGGCAGGCAGCAGUCCCCUGGACAGUCCCCGGAAUUUCUGUGCCACGUCCGCUGUCAACUUCCCCUUUGCCCGGAGGGCAGACGGCAGAAGAUGGUCUCUUGCAUCCCUGCCAUCGUCCGGCUAUGGAACCAACACACCCAGCUCCACCGUCUCGUCCAGCUCAUCCUCCCGGGAGCGCCUUCACCAGUUGCCCUUUCAGCCUACACCAGACGAGCUGCGCUUCCUGUCCAAGCACUUCCGCAGCUCCGAGAGUGUGGCUGACGAGGAAGCUGGCCGCUCUCCCCGCCUACGCCCACGCUCCCGCAGCCUCAGCCCGGGCCGUACAUCUGGGACCUUCGACAAUGAGAUCGUCAUGAUGAACCAUGUGUACCGGGAGAGGUUCCCCAAGGCCACAGCACAGAUGGAGGGUCGCCUACAGGAGUUCCUGGCAGCCUUUGCACCUGGUGCCCGGCUGGCAUUGGCUGACGGUGUGCUGGGCUUCAUCCACCACCAGAUUGUUGAGCUGGCCCGUGACUGCCUGGCCAAGUCGGGCGAGGCACUUGUCACUUCCCGCUAUUUCCUGGAGAUGCAGGAGAAAUUGGAGCGCUUGCUUCUAGAUGCUCAUGAACGCUCGGACAGUGAGGAGGUUGGCUUCGUGGUCCAGCUUGUGCGGAAGCUGCUAAUCAUCAUCUCUCGGCCAGCACGGCUGCUUGAGUGCCUGGAGUUUGACCCAGAGGAAUUUUACCACCUGCUGGAGGCGGCUGAGGGCCAAGCGCGUGAAGGCCAUGGCAUCAAGACCGACCUGCCCCAGUAUAUCAUCGGGCAGCUUGGUCUGACUAAGGACCCUCUUGAAGAGAUGGUGCCACUGAGUCACCUCGACAGUGGACAGAUCCCCACACCAGAGUCUCCAGAGAGCCGGGCCCUGGUCUGCCCAUCUCGGAGGAAGCCAUGUGAGAGUGAUUUUGAGACUAUCAAGCUCAUCAGCAAUGGGGCCUAUGGUGCCGUCUACCUGGUCCGCCAUCGUGAUACGAGGCAGCGGUUUGCCAUCAAAAAGAUCAACAAGCAAAACCUGAUCCUACGUAACCAGAUCCAGCAAGUGUUUGUGGAGCGUGACAUCCUCACCUUUGCAGAGAACCCCUUCGUGGUCAGCAUGUUCUGCUCCUUUGAGACGCGGCGUCACCUCUGUAUGGUCAUGGAGUACGUGGAAGGUGGUGACUGCGCCACGCUGCUGAAAAACAUGGGGCCGCUACCCGUGGACAUGGCCCGCAUGUACUUUGCCGAGACGGUGCUGGCACUCGAGUAUCUGCACAACUAUGGCAUCGUGCACCGCGACCUCAAGCCAGACAACCUGCUCAUCACCUCGCUUGGCCACAUCAAGCUGACCGACUUUGGCCUGUCCAAGAUUGGGCUCAUGAGCAUGGCCACCAACCUCUACGAGGGUCACAUUGAGAAGGACGCCCGGGAGUUCUUGGACAAGCAGGUGUGCGGGACGCCCGAAUAUAUCGCACCUGAAGUGAUUUUCCGCCAGGGCUAUGGGAAGCCAGUGGACUGGUGGGCCAUGGGCGUUGUUCUCUACGAGUUUCUGGUGGGCUGUGUGCCCUUCUUUGGGGACACACCGGAGGAGCUAUUCGGCCAGGUUGUCAGUGAUGAGAUCAUGUGGCCGGAAGGGGACGACGCCCUCCCAGCAGAUGCCCAGGACCUUAUCACUAGGCUGCUCCGACAGAGCCCCCUGGACCGUUUGGGCACUGGUGGUACCCACGAGGUAAAGCAGCACCCCUUCUUCCGAGCCCUGGACUGGGCAGGGCUCCUUCGGCACAAGGCCGAGUUUGUGCCGCAGCUAGAAGCCGAGGAUGACACCAGCUACUUUGACACACGCUCGGAGCGAUAUCGCCACCUGGGCUCUGAAGACGAUGAGACCAAUGAUGAAGAGUCAUCCACGGAGAUCCCCCAGUUCUCCUCCUGCUCCCACCGGUUCAGCAAGGUCUAUAGCAGCUCUGAGUUCCUAGCUGUCCAGCCCACCCCUACUUUCGCUGAAAGGAGCUUCAGUGAGGAUCGGGAAGAGGGUUGGGAACGCAACAGCGAGGGGGAGUCCAGCCGCCGGCUGAGCACUGAAAUCCGCCUUCGGUCCUGGACGUCUUCUGGCUCCUCCUGCCUCUCAUCCUUAUCCCAGCCUGAGCGAGGCCCCAGCCCGUCUCUCCUCAGCACCAUCAGCCUGGACACCAUGCCCAAGUUUGCCUUCUCAUCCGAGGAUGAAGCUGCAGGCCCAGCCUCUGUGGGUGCUGAGAGGCCCAUCUUCAUUCUUGGGGAGCCUGACCCGCCUCCAGCAGCCACUCCAGUGAUGCCCAAGGCUUCAGGCCUUUCUGCCGACACAGCUGCUCUCAGCCACGCCCGUCUACGCAGCAACAGCAUCGGGGCCCGACACUCCACACCCCGCGCCCUGGACUCUGGACGGGGCCGCCGCCUCGGAGGCCCUAGAGACCCAGGCCCUGAGAAGCCCAGGGCCUCCCCUAGUGGGGGCCGCGUGCCCAAAUCAGCCUCAGUGUCUGCCCUGUCACUCAUCAUCACGGCAGAUGAUGGCAGCAGCGGUGGCCCCCUCAUGAGCCCCUUGUCCCCACGCUCGCUGUCCUCGAACCCGUCCUCCCGUGACUCCUCGCCAAGCCGCGACCCGUCCCCCGUGUGUGGCAGCCUGCGGCCCCCCAUCGUCAUCCACAGCUCUGGCAAAAAGUAUGGCUUUAGCCUGCGAGCCAUUCGUGUCUACAUGGGUGACAGUGACGUCUAUACUGUGCACCACGUGGUCUGGAGUGUGGAGGAGGGCAGCCCCGCCCAGGAAGCGGGCCUACGAGCAGGGGACCUGGUCACCCACAUCAAUGGGGAAUCGGUGCUGGGGCUGGUGCACAUGGACGUGGUGGAGCUGCUGCUGAAGAGCGGCAGCAAGAUCGCGCUGAGGACCACAGCCCUGGAGAACACAUCCAUUAAGGUGGGGCCUGCCCGCAAGAAUGUGGCCAAGGGCCGCAUGGCCCGGCGGAGUAAGCGCAGCCGCAGAAGGGAGACACAGGACCGGCGGAAAUCGCUCUUCAAGAAGAUCUCGAAGCAGUCCUCAGUGCUACAUACCAGCCGCAGCUUCUCCUCUGGCCUCCACCACUCCCUAUCUUCCAGCGAGAGCCUCCCAGGCUCACCCACUCACAGUCUGUCCCCAAGCCCCACUACACCCUGCCGCAGCCCAGCUCCCGACGCCCCCGCAGACACAGCAUCCCCACCCAGCGCAUCUCCGAGCUCCAGCAGCCCAGCCUCUCCAGCCGCGGCCGGUCAUGCCCGUCCCAGCUCCCUGCAUGGGCUGGCUGCCAAGCUUGGGCCUCCCCGUCCCAAAGCUGGUCGACGAAAGUCCACCAGCAGUAUCCCACCCUCCCCGCUGGCCUGCCCGCCUGUUCCUGCACCCCCACCCCGCUCGCCCUCACCCUUGCCUGGGCACCCACCCACACCUGCCCGCUCCCCACGCCUGCGCCGAGGUCAGUCAGCCGACAAGCUGGGCACAGGUGACCGGCUAGACGGAGAGCCAGGGCGCCGUGGUCGCGGGCCAGAUGCGGAGUUGGUGGUCAUGCGGAGGUUACACCUAUCGGAGCGCCGGGACUCCUUCAAGAAGCAGGAGGCGGUGCAGGAGGUGAGCUUUGACGAGCCUUCAGAGGAGGCCACUGGGCCGCCCACCUCAGUGCCGCAGAUUGCUGUGGAGGGCGCUGAGGCCAUGCCAGGAGCCUCCGGGCCUGCAGGCAAGGACUGA